ACCAGAGCAAUCGAUUGCAAGGCUCCUCAAUCGACGUAGACAAACUGAGCGUGAUAUAUAAUCGUAUAGUACAUAGCAAACUCACCGGGUGAACAUGCCUUUGAGAAGAGCCUUGCAUUUUGUUUUCAAAGUGGGUGACAGAAGAAAAACGGCCACCUUUUACCGAGAUGUGCUCGGCAUGAAGAUUUUGCGUCACGAAGAGUUUGAAGAAGGAUGCAAGGCCACUUGUAAUGGCCCUUAUGAUGGAAAAUGGAGCAAGACAAUGGUCGGCUUUGGUCCAGAAGAUGAUUACUUUGCGGCUGAGCUGACAUACAAUUAUGGAGUGGGAGAAUAUCGCCUUGGCAAUGACUUCCUGGGUCUGACUCUGCAGUCUAGCCAGGCUGUCAGUAAUGCUAAGCGGCUUGGUUGGCCCCUCACUGAGGUUGGAAAGGCCCUCUAUCUGGCUGAGGCUCCAGGAGGUUAUCGCUUCUACCUGGUGGACAAAGAACAGCCUCCUAAUGAUCCUGUACAGAAGGUGUGUCUGGCAGUGUCUGACCUGCAGAAAUCAACACACUACUGGUCCUCCCUUUUGGGGAUGAAGGUGAUAGAGAGACAUGAGGAGAAGACUGUGCUGAUGGGAUUCGCAGACACUCAGUGUAAACUAGAGCUUCACAACAUUGGUGGGACAGUAGAUCAUGGGACAGCCUUCGGACGGAUAGCGUUCUCUUGUCCACGUGAGCAGUUGGCAGAUCUUGAAGCCCUGAUGAUAAAAGAAAACCAGAGAAUCCUUACUCCCUUGGUUAGCCUGGACACCCCUGGGAAGGCAACAGUAGAAGUGGUCAUUUUGGCUGAUCCAGAUGCCCAUGAGAUCUGCUUUGUGGGAGAUGAGGCAUUCAGACAACUCUCCCAGAUGGACCCCAGUGGAAAUGCAUUGCUGGAUAAGGCUAUGGCUGAAGAUAAAAGCGAUGACUGGUUUGCCAAGCACAACAAGCAGAAGGCUUCAGCAUAAGUGCGAAGAACAUAGCUUAGCCAUCAUGGGUCUACUGGACAUUUCCAACCUUUUGCCUUUUUCCCCAUAUAUGGCAUUACCCUUCCAGUGGCACAAUGUCAGUAGAUUUUACUCAACCAGAAGUAUUAUUUUGAGAUGCUUAGAAUGAGACUGAAAGUGUAGCUGUAUUUGAGUCAUACUGUGGCAGAAGCUUGAUGAACAUCGACCACUUAUAUUAACCUUGUUUGUGUAUGCAUUGAAAAGAAUUGUACCUCUUCAGCUCAAUUAAAUUAGUAAAACACUAA